GACAGAGCAUGAGAGAGAGAGAGAGAGAGAGAGAGAGAGAGAGAGAGAGAGAGGAGGGGCAAAGUAGGAGACAGUGACAGGGGAAAGUACAGGAACUAGACAGGAACAACCAUCACUACAGUUGUUUCAGUGGAUCCACAGAUUUCUUCCCGUAUUUAAAAGCUGGUCUAAUUUUCCUAUCUUUAAUCUUUAAGUUUUGUCCAGUUCAGUACUGAUCAAUAGUUUUGAACAGGCAUACUCGCACCAGUUGAAUUGAAUCUCUUUACAGACAUAAUGUUCAGAUGUUUUCUAAAAACCUUCCAGACGUACAAGACCUGACCAACCGGGAAUGAAUCCAGCCAGGAGCGUCCAGCUAAUCCCGAUCCUCUACCUUCAGUGCAUCUAUGUGUGCACACCCGCCCCGGCUCGUGGCCAUGCAGAGGAGCGACUGCUUCAGGUCUUAUUCCGCCGCUAUAACAAGCUCUCGCGUCCUGUCGAGAACAUCUCGGAUGUGGUGCUGGUCCACUUCGGCCUUUCCAUCGCACAACUCAUCGAUGUAGAUGAAAAGAAUCAAAUGAUGACCACCAAUGUUUGGGUGAAACAGGAAUGGAGCGAUUACAAGCUGCGCUGGAACCCUGAGGAGUUUGAGAAUGUCACCUCCAUCAGAAUCCCCUCCGAGCUCAUCUGGAGGCCUGAUAUUGUGCUCUACAACAACGCCGAUGGAGAUUUCGCCGUGACUCACCUGACCAAAGCCCAGGUGUUCCAUGACGGCCGAGUCAAAUGGAAGCCUCCUGCCAUAUACAAGAGCUCCUGCAAUAUUGACGUCACGUUCUUCCCUUUCGAUCAGCAGAACUGUAAGAUGAAGUUUGGGUCAUGGACGUACGACCGAGCUAAGAUCGACUUGGUCAGCAUGGACAGCAACGUGGACCAAAUGGACUACUGGGAGAGUGGUGAGUGGGUCAUCAUCGACGCUGUGGGAAAGUACAACAGCAAGAAAUACGAGUGCUGCACAGAAAUCUACCCAGACAUCACGUACUACUUCAUCAUCCGCCGGCUCCCUCUGUUCUACACCAUCAACCUGAUCAUCCCAUGCCUGCUGAUCUCGUGCUUGACCGUGCUCGUGUUCUACCUGCCCUCGGAGUGUGCCGAGAAGAUCACGCUGUGCAUAUCCGUGCUCCUCUCACUCACCGUCUUUCUCCUGCUCAUCACAGAAAUCAUCCCUUCCACCUCGCUGGUCAUCCCACUCAUCGGUGAGUACCUGCUCUUCACCAUGAUCUUUGUCACGCUUUCCAUCAUCAUCACGGUGUUCGUGCUGAACGUGCACCACCGCUCAUCGCGCACACAUCGAAUGCCUCAUUGGGUCCGCCAGCUCUUUCUCCACCUGGUACCGCGGUACCUUUUCAUGAAACGCCCGCCCGCUGCUGGAAAGAGGAACUGCCGCAAGCUCAUUGAAAUGAUGCACAGACCAAUGGCACUGCAGUCCAUCCAGCAGAGUAACCCCACCUUCACCAUGCCCCAUGAUCCGGGCAUGGUCUCUGCUGCCUCAUCAUGUGCAAUACAGCGAGAAGCAGCAUCCAAAUCUCCUCUUUUCUGCAGCUCCCCCAGCAGCCAGUACUCCAUCCUUCAAGAGGAGCCCACACAGAGGAACCUCACAUGCGCUCAAGUGAACCCUUCGUCUGCCUCGAGCCCUUCCCCGUCUCCAGACGCACCCCUCGGGCCUCUGCUUCAAACGUUAGCUCUCAGUGAGGUUUGUGAAUUUCAGUGCCACAGCGCUGAGAGUGUAUUCGUGGAUAGCGCAGAGGGUACGCGCGAGACGGAAACUCUCUGGCACUGUCAUAAGCAUGAGGAGACGAGUAUACAGACAUUCUUCACUGCAGAUAGAGGUGAGAGUACAGGUGCGUGUGUAAGACACAAGGUCCGGAGCACUCAGAUCUCAAGCCCCAACUGCAGUAAAGAACCACAGUUGGAUGAAACCGACUUCCCAGUGUCGCAGUCACUCCUGCGCGCCCUCGAGGGAGUCCAGUACAUCGCCGACCAUCUCAGAGCUGAGGAUUCAGACUUUUCGGUAAGAGAAGACUGGAAGUACGUUGCCAUGGUGAUUGAUAGAAUAUUUCUCUGGAUGUUCGUGCUGGUGUGCAUUUUGGGUACAGCAGGACUGUUUCUACCGCCUUGGUUGGCUGGAAUGAUCUAGAAUCCGAUAUGGAGCUCAGCAUCGGACAGGAAACCCGCCAGCGUCCUCGUCCAGAUCCACCGUGUUUGACUGUACACCUGCAGUAUCACUAUAUCACAUUUGAGAACGUCCGGAGUGGCUAAUGUAACCACGAAGCAUUUGUUCAAGGUCAGCUUGAUAUGCUUUCAAGGCAUAAAACGCUUUAUUCCCGUCUUUUCAACGACAGCCACUUUCUGUCGUAAAAAAAAAAAAAAAAAAAAAAAUCUUCUGAAAUGUUCCUUCGGUUGUGUAUUAUCCCGAUCAAAUCCGUGCUUUAAAUCUGUGCCAGUUCUAACCACAUGCCUUCAUGCCAUUUGUUAUGUAUUAAAGCUUCUGCUACAAAACUGUACUUAAUCCAUGGAGUACAAAUUAAGUUUAACAUAUUGACAGUACAUAGGCAACUUUGUAUUUACAUUUAUUAAAGAUUAAUAUAGAUAUUCCUGUGCCAUAUUUGUACUGUUAUUGUGGGGUUUCCCCCCCCAGGGAAAUGUAAAUAAAUGAUUCAAUAGACUGAAUUCACUGGGCAGCCAUGAUCCCCUAGGGCAGUGGUUUUCAAAGUGGGGGACGCAGCCCCCUAGGGGGCCGCCAGGGGGCGCCCAGGGAACCGCAACAAUUUGGUGUGAAAAAUAAAUUCUCACUCUCACACAACCACACAUAAUCAAUUCCUAAUGUACUGUAAAGAUGUAAGAUGUAAUUAUUAAUAAUAAAAAA